AUGGCUACUAUUAAUUGCAAUAUAGGAGAGGGCGCCAGCGCCGACGCCGUGGCGAGGGCCGUGUUCGCGGACGGGUCCCUGUUCAGCCCGUUCCUGUUCGGCAAGUUCUUUGACCCAGCCGACCCGUUCCCGCUGUGGGAGUUCGAGUCCGACGUGCUGCUCGCCGCGCUCCGCCACGGGAACGCUAGGACCACCGUCGACUGGGCCGAGACCGACUCCGAGUACUACCUCAGAGCCGACAUACCAGCUGCCAAUAUGGUGGCUGCUUGA